AUGUUGGACCAGAUUCAUCUGCUGGCUGCCGUGACAGUCCUGGGAGUCCUGGAGCAAGCCUACUUCUUCCUGCAGGUGAUCUAUGCUAGAAGGGCGUUUGGCAUUUCUCCUCCAAAGAUCUCAGGCCCACCUGAAUUCGAGAGGAUCUUUCGAGCACAGGUGAACUCCUCCGAAUAUUUUCCCAUUUUCCUGGCACUUCUGUGGCAGGCUGGACUCUUCUUCCAUCAAGGUCUGGCUGCAGCCUUGGGUCUGCUCUAUCUCUAUGCCCGCUACUGCUACUUUAUGGGUUACAGGGCAUCGUCCUCAGAAAGGCUCGCCCCGAUAUACUUUAGCACUGGAGUUCUCUGGAUUCUCAUUGCAGCGUCAGCCCUGGGCAUCUUGCAUUUCUUCCUCUCUCACUACGUGGGGCUGAACAUCCUCCAGCUUCUCACCGCGUGACCUGCUCCUCUGUCCCUCACCAGCGUCCUCGCCUUCGAGUCCUGCUGCCUCCUGCCCGUGGUAACAGACUGGCUGUACCUAGUGCAGCACAAGCAACAAAUCCACCCUCACCUGAGUUCUUAACACCUCCCUCCCCACUGCCCAGCACCAGCACAAACUGCUGAGCUCUUCAGGAGGCAUUUUUUCCCCCACGGCACUCUUUGUGCCAAGUGAUCCAUAUCUGGCAG